AUGACCUCGCCAUUAAGAGCUAAUCCUGCAAACAGUCCAUCAUAUGUAUGGACAAGCAUUUUCGCCGCAAGGAAGCUCUUGCUUCUAUGGAUCAGACAGAAGAUUCAUUCAGGUUAUGAAGUCAAAGUGUGGGAGGAUCCAUGGAUUCCAACGAUACCUGCUAGACCAGCUACACCUGUAGCGCCUGUGAUGCACCCGAAUAUGAGAGUUAGUGACCUCAUUAAUCAGGAAUCGAAGGAAUGGGAUGCAAGGCUAUUAGAGGAUUAUGUCCAUCCCGAUGACAUACCACUUAUGCGUAGUAUGGCCAUAAGCUCUACUCAUCGUCGUGAUACUUUAUGCUGGAACUACACGAGGAAUUGCCAAUAUACAGUUAAAUCUGGAUACUGGGUUGCUCAAAAUCUGUUGAAGCCAGAAAAGGAAAAGGAAAUACUAGAACCAAGUAUCACAAAACUGCAAGCCUUUGCUUGGAAGUUGAAAGCGCCAAGGAAGAUGUGCCAUCUUAUAUGGCAAUUGAUAACGGGCCAGGUGGCAGUAACAAGGAAUCUGGUAAGGCGUAAUAUAAGGUGCGAUAAUUAUUGCCCAAGGUGUGGAGAAAUAGAAGAAUCUGUGACUCAUGCAAUAUUUGAAUGCCCUCCAGCAAUACAAGUAUGGUCCUUAUCAACAACUCCUACAAGUCCAGGUACAUUUCAAGUGUCAAGCAUCUACACAAACAUGGAUUAUCUAUUAUGGAGGAAGAAUGAUAUCGUUGAACCCGGCCGAGAUAGAGAUCCUUAUCCUUGGAUAAUAUGGUAUAUCUGUAAGGCUCGUAAUGAUAAACUUUUCAGGGGAAUAGACAGAGAUCCUUUGGAACUAGUUCGAUACGCAGAAAGUGAGUGUCAAGCAUGGUUUAAUGCAAAUGAGACGAUACCACCAGUAGUACAGGCCAUCAAUAAUGAGGAAAACCAAGUCUUAAGCUUGGGUAAUAUUUCUCUGGUAGAUGGAUCUUGGACAGCUGCUGAUAGAUUUAGUGGAUGUGGAUGGGUCUGGAUGGAUAGCGGGGAGAACAUACAACUUAUGGGAACACGGAAUUUCAUUCGAUGUGAUUCAGCAUUGCAUUCAGAGGUAGAAGCACUGCGAUGGGCGAUGGAGAACAUGCUUCAACACUCGCCAUGCCAAAGCUUUGGAACAGACUGCAAGGAACUGAUUGCAAUGAUAAAGGAACCCCAGGAGUGGCCAAGCUUCGCGACAGAAUUGGAGAAGAUAGAGACGCUGCAGAUUUGUUUCCCGGAAUUUGAAAUCACCCAUGUGCCACGAGUGCGCAAUCAGUAUUCUGAUUUUUUAGCUAAGACUGCUAGAACCUUUCGCAGAGAGUUACUUUUCAUUAGUUGUUUUAUUUCGGUCUUGUUAUCCAGACCACCUCAAGCUUGA